AUGUUACGAACUUCAUUUCUUGUUUCAUCUUUCAUUGCACGACGUUUAGUUGUUGCAAAUGCGUCAACUAAUACUCAAACAUCGUCAUCAAUAAAAUCUGAAAAAAUUCCUCAGAUAAAAGUUGCUCUAUGUAUACAACGUUAUGCACAUUUAUCACCUGAAAUGAAUCCAUUAGAACAAGAUUAUACAAAUUUAUUAACACAAAUAGAAACAGAAAAUAGUUAUUUAUCAGAUCAUGAAUUAAGACAUAAAAGAGAAAUUGAAAUUACUAAACAACGACAAAUAUCACCAACAAGUGCAUCUUCAACAGUAAAUAUUGUUCAAACAGCUGUUGAUUUAGAAGAUCGUGUAGCAAAAGAAUUUUCAAAUUUUCAAUUUAUGUCAAGAGAAACAGAGGACGAUAAAACAAAUAAUCUUCGAAGUUAUCAUCGAAAACUUGAUAAGAAUUUAUUAUUAAUUGUACAACAAAAAGAUUCUCAAGCUAAUAAAGAUGAAUGGAUUUUUCCAGAAAAAAUCUACGAUAGUGAAUCAUCUUUACGAGCAGCAGCUGAACAAAUUAUUUCAACAUGCGGAAAUCUUCAUAUUCAAAUAUCGGGAAAUGCACCAUUAGCAUAUUAUAAAAAUGAUGCAGAUCCAUCUUCUAAGAAAAUUUUCUUCUACAAAGGUGAAUUACUAGCAGGUGUUAUAAAACAAUUUGCUACUCUUAAAUCAUCUCCUUAUAAAGAUCAUGCAUGGAUAACACAUGAAGAACUUCCUAAAUAUUUGUCGCCAUCAUAUUAUAAAGCUGUUAAAGAUAUGUUGUUUGUGUUUUAG